GUUUGAACUCAUUACCAGGGAAGAUCCAAUAGCAGCAUGUGCACGUUUUAAGUCUUUUCUUCGUUCUUAGCUACAAGUCAAACUGAUAUACCUGUCUGAUUUCAGCUACUAACCCAAAGAAACAAACAACAUUUUCUAUGCUGCUUCACUUAUAAUUAUUUCACUACAAAGUUCUUCUUUUCAAUUCUGAACACUGCACACAUAUAUAUUCUUAAUCUUUCUGGCCUCCGUAUUCUUGUCUUUUUCUGCUUCAAUCAUUAUAGGACAGGUGCAUUUUUGGUUCAACACACACAUAUCUCUUACCUUAUAGUACACAAUGAACUUCUUUUAAUCUUUUCUAACAAAAAUUGCCCUUUUUCUUUUCAUUUUAUUGGUUCGAUAAUGCCGUGUUUCUUUCUUUCUUGGCCUUCCUAUCGACAGUGACUGUGUUUGGUGCUGCCUUGGGAUAAAGUGAACAAAACUAGUUGAUCUCUGCAAAUCUGUUUUUUUUUUUUUUUUUUUUUAAGGAUUUUCAAGUCUGAAGCUUAUUUAAGAGGGGAAUUAUGCAAGGUUGUAAACUUGUAAUGUAUUGUGAUUGUAAUUUGUACUAUUAUAAGUUGUAAGCUUUUGGAGAAGCAAAGUUGUUGAAGUUAUGGAAGGUAAUGGUAGAAGGAGGAGGCGCCACUUCAGCAGAAUCCAUGCAUUCUCUUGUGGAAAAGCUUCAUUCAAAGGGGAGCAUUCACUCAUAGGCGGUCCUGGAUUCUCAAGGAUAGUGUACUGCAACGAAGCGGAACGCGGUGAGGGGAGUCUUGUGAGCUAUGGUGACAAUUAUCAAUGUUGUUCCUCUUGUGGUUGUGGUUGCUGCUACAAUGGGGAAAGAGGCUGUUGAGGAUUGGAAGAGGAAAAAGCAGGAUAUUGAUAUGAAUAAUAGAAAGGUUAAAGUGCACCGUGGAGAUGGUGUUUUUGACUAUUCUAAAUGGAAGGAUUUGAAAGUCGGGGACAUAGUAAAGGUUGAAAAGGAUGAAUUUUUCCCUGCUGAUCUCAUCUUACUUUCAUCAAGCUAUGACGAUGCAAUUUGCUAUGUAGAGACCAUGAAUCUUGAUGGAGAAACAAAUCUAAAAGUUAAACAAUCACUUGAAGAAACUUCAAAGUUGCAAGAAGAUUCAAGCUUUCAAAAUUUCAAGGCUAUUAUCAAAUGCGAAGAUCCAAAUGCAAAUUUGUACUCGUUUGUAGGCAGUUUGGAGCUUGAAGAUCAAUUGUAUCCUCUUUCACCUCUGCAUCUACUGCUUAGGGACUCAAAGCUAAGGAACACCGAGUUCAUCUACGGUGUGGUAAUCUUUACAGGCCAUGAUACAAAGGUUAUGCAGAAUUCAACAGAACCUCCAUCCAAGAGAAGCACAGUUGAGAAGCGGAUGGAUAAGAUCAUCUACUUUCUGUUCUUAGUCUUAUUUUUAAUUUCUUUUAUUGGUUCAAUUUUCUUCGGGAUUGCAACGAGGAAGGACCUUGAAAAUGGAGUUAUGAAGCGAUGGUACCUCAGACCAGAUGACACCACAAUUUACUUUGAUCCAAAGAAAGCACCAGUCGCAGCCAUGCUGCACUUCCUGACUGCACUUAUGUUGUAUAGUUACUUGAUUCCAAUUUCUUUGUACGUUUCCAUUGAAGUUGUGAAAGUUCUUCAAAGCAUUUUCAUCAACCAGGAUUUGCACAUGUAUUAUGAGGAAGCUGACCGGCCAGCACAUGCUCGUACCUCGAAUUUGAAUGAAGAACUUGGCCAAGUUGAUACUAUACUUUCAGAUAAAACAGGAACUUUGACUUGCAACUCUAUGGAAUUCAUCAAGUGUUCUAUUGCUGGGAUUGCGUAUGGCCAAGGAGUUACAGAAGUUGAGAGAGCUCUAGCCAGGAGAGAAGGAGUACCUUUAAGUCAAGAGUUGACAGAAGAUGGAAAUGUUCCAAAGUCUUCCAUUAAAGGUUUUAACUUUAUGGAUGAAAGGAUCAUGAAGGGAAAUUGGAUCAACGAACCUCACGCCGAUGUAAUCCAGAACUUUCUGCGGUUGUUGGCAGUAUGCCAUACUGCAAUACCUGAAGUUGAUGAAGAAAUCGGUAAAGUUUCAUAUGAAGCUGAGUCACCUGAUGAGGCAGCUUUUGUGGUUGCAGCCAGAGAACUUGGUUUUGAGUUCUAUGAAAGGACACAGACAAAUAUUUCACUGCAUGAGUUCAAUCCGAGAUCAGGCCAAACAACAGAAAGGUCGUACAAACUUUUGAAUAUAUUAGAGUUUAGUAGUACAAGAAAGCGGAUGUCUGUAAUUGUAAGAGAUGAGGAGGGGAAACUGCUACUAUUUAGCAAAGGAGCAGACAGUGUCAUGUUUGAACGACUUGCAAGGAAUGGAAGGGAGUUUGAAGAGAAGACUAAGCAGCACAUUGAUGAAUAUGCUGAUGCUGGUUUGAGGACCUUGAUACUUGCGUAUCGGGAACUUGAUGAAGAAGAGUACAAUCUAUUCAAUGAAGAAUUUAUGGAGGCCAAAAACUUAGUGAGUGCAGAUCGAGAGCAAAUUGUGGAGGAAAUAUCAGAAAAGAUUGAGAAGGAUUUAAUUCUUCUUGGUGCUACUGCAGUUGAAGACAAACUUCAAAAUGGGGUUCCUGAAUGCAUUGACAAGCUAGCACAGGCAGGAAUUAAGCUAUGGGUUCUGACUGGUGAUAAAAUGGAGACAGCAAUCAAUAUUGGGUUUGCUUGUAGUUUACUCAGACAAGGAAUGAAGCAAAUUAUAAUUAGUUCAGACACUCCAGAAACCAAAUCACUGGAGAAAGUGGAGGACAAGUCUGCUGCUGCAGCGGCAGUUAAGGUAAGUGUUAUUCAUCAAUUAACGAAUGGAAAGGAAUUACUUGCUGAAUCUGAUGAAAACUCUGAGGCAUUAGCUCUUAUCAUUGAUGGGAAGUCUCUCACUUAUGCACUAGAAGAUGAUGUAAAGGACUUAUUUCUUACACUUGCUGCUGGCUGUGCAUCUGUCAUAUGCUGUCGUUCAUCUCCCAAGCAGAAAGCACUUGUUACUAGAUUGGUAAAGGUUAAAACUGGCAGUACAACUCUAGCAAUUGGUGAUGGAGCAAAUGAUGUUGGAAUGCUUCAAGAAGCAGACAUUGGGAUCGGUAUCAGUGGUGUUGAAGGAAUGCAGGCUGUAAUGUCGAGUGAUAUCGCAAUUGCCCAAUUUCGGUUUCUAGAGCGUUUACUUCUUGUGCAUGGGCAUUGGUGUUACAGAAGAAUCUCAUCAAUGAUUUGCUACUUCUUUUACAAGAACAUUGCCUUCGGCUUCACCCUCUUCUUCUACGAGAUCUAUGCGUCGUUCUCGGGGCAAGCUGCAUACAAUGAUUGGUACCUCUCACUAUAUAACGUAUUCUUCACUUCUCUUCCUGUAAUUGCCUUGGGAGUGUUUGACCAGGAUGUUUCUGCUAGACUAUGCCACAAGUUCCCAUUAUUAUAUCAAGAAGGUGUACAAAAUGUCCUAUUCAGCUGGAAACGGAUCCUCGGUUGGGCUUUCAACGGAGUCUUGAGUGCUACCAUAAUAUUCUUCUUCUGCAUCAACGGAAUGGAGAAUCAAGCAUUCCGUAAAGCCGGGGAAGUUGCUGAUCUUGAAGUUCUUGGUGCCACCAUGUACACUUGUGUUGUGUGGGUGGUGAAUUCCCAAAUGGCAUUGUCCAUUAGUUACUUCACUUACAUACAACAUUUAUUCAUAUGGGGUGGCAUUCUUUUCUGGUACAUAUUCCUCUUAGUGUAUGGAACCAUGGACCCUUCUCUAUCAACCACUGCCUAUAAGGUCUUGAUUGAAGCUUGUGCACCAGCACCAUCUUACUGGCUCAUCACUUUGCUUGUGCUUGUUGCUUCACUCCUUCCAUACUUCGCCUACGCUUCGAUCCAAAUGCGGUUUUUCCCCACGUUCCAUCAAAUGAUACAGUGGAUACGAAAUGAUGGCCAAACAACUGAUCCAGAAUAUGUUAAUAUUGUGAGACAAAGAUCAAUAAGACACACAACGGUUGGGUUCACGGCUCGGUUUGAAGCAUCACAUAGUUCAGGAGCAUCCAAGAGUAUUCAAGUCUGAAAACAAUGUUAGCAAUUAAGCAAUGUUUUUUCUGUUUCUUUGUUGUAUUUAAAGUUCUUUGGUCUGAACAUAGGCGAAAAUUUGGUAUAGGUAAUCAAUCACGUACUUCGGAUUGUAUAUAUUUAAGGUAGAGAUGGGUCUUAUGUAGUUGACAAAGAAAUGUCAAGAGAUAUGCUCUUUGACAAAGGUAAACAAGUAAUCAGUGCCCUGAAAGAUAAUGAAAAAAUUGGCGAGUAAUGAAAGAUUAAAGAGCUUCCUUUGCAGGUUUGGUUUCUGUU